UUCUUCAUUGCAUCAAAAUUCAUACCCUCGUCUCACUCUUUUCUAAUAUGUUAAGGGCAAAGCUUGCAAUAUUGGGCCUUCUUGCCCUUGCUUUGUCUCAGCUCCUUGAUGCCGUUGAUGCUGCAAGACGAGGCACCCACGAUUGCAAGCGCUCUUGCGGAGCUUUAAACAUCCGCAGCCCUUUCAGAUUCAAGGGCGACACUCCCGAAUGUGGCGAGUAUGAACUAGUAUGUGAACAUAAUCGCACCAUUUUGGACGAUGUUGAUUAUGGAAGAUUCUAUGUCCUAGACAUCUUUUAUAAUCACACCAUUCGAUUGGUGGAUGGGAGUCUGAAUAGUGAUGAAUGCUCCAUUCUUCCCAAAUCCUUUCCAUGCGGAUAUAGUUUUAUUUAUUUUUUAAGCUGCCAAGUUCUCAUCAACUCCCCGCUCUACAUCGAUGCCUCUCCUUGCGCCAACGCCUCCUUCUCUCCGCACCUUUAUGCUUUAUUUAGCAGAAAGACGCCCAACGCUACUGGUUUCCUUGAACCCUGCACCAUUGAAGUCCAGGCUCCGCGACCAUUUUGGUUUCGGUCUCCUAAUGUCACCGGUCUCUCUAUUUUCGAUGUUCACCAGAAGUUCCUGAUGGGUUAUGACGUGCCGUUGAGAUGUGUACAUUUUCCUGACUAUCGCAACAAAAUUACACUUAGUUAUAUAUUUUUGUGGGCGAAGGGUAUCAGUUUAGACUGUCUUUACAAAUUGCGAAUGUUUUUUACCUUAGGCGUUCCACCGGUACAUUUCACUCAAGAAUUUUAUACUAGAAUCGAAGAUGCUUUAUUUCUAAUCACAGGAGUAUACAUUAUUAUUAGAACUCUAUUGGGGGUUUCAUGCUUGAUUGUAGUUGUGCUAAUUAAGUUUCGAAGGAGACAUUUGUCUACAGAUGAUACAAUUGAAGAGUUUCUUCAAAUGCAAAAUAAUUUAAAGCCUAUCAAGUAUUCUUAUUCAGAAAUAAAGAAAAUGACAAAAUGUUUUAAAGAUAAAUUAGGACAAGGUGGUUAUGGUUCAGUUUUCAAAGGAACACUUCGAAGCGGGCGUCCUAUUGCAGUAAAAUUGUUAGAAAUGUCAAAAUCACAUGGACAAGAUUUCAUCAAUGAAGUUGCUACCAUUGGAAGGAUUCAUCAUGUUAAUGUGGUACAACUUAUCGGUUUUUGUGUAGAUGGAUCAAAACAAGCACUUGUUUAUGAUUUUAUGCCAAAUGGUUCUUUAGAUAAAAUCAUAUUUUCAAGAGAAAAGGAUACCACUUUAUGUUGGGAAAAAAUAUUUGAGAUUGCAAUUGGAGUGGUCCGAGGAAUAGAAUACUUGCAUCAAGGUUGUGAAAUGCAAAUUUUACAUUUUGACAUCAAACCACAUAACAUUCUUCUAGAUAAGAACUUCAUUCCGAAAAUUUCAGAUUUUGGCCUAGCAAAAUUGUAUGCAGUAGAUCAAAGUAUUGUGUCUCUCACUGCAGCACGAGGUACUUUAGGAUAUAUUGCUCCAGAAUUGUUUUACAAGAACAUUGGGAGUAUCUCACACAAGGCUGACGUUUAUAGUUUUGGAAUGUUGUUAAUGGAAAUGGUGGGAAGGAGGAAAAAUUUGAAUGCAUUUGCUGAACAAUCUAGUCAAAUAUAUUUCCCAACAUGGAUUUACGACCGAUUUGAGAAAGGGGAAGAUGCAGAGUUAGGAGAUGCCACUGAGAGUGAAAAGAAAAUUGUAAGGAAGAUGGUCAUAGUUGCUUUUUGGUGCAUACAAAUGAGGCCUACUGAUCGUCCUUCGAUAAGUAAGGUCUUAGAGAUGCUUGAAGGUGAGGUUGAAGUACUUGAACUACCUCCGCAACCUUUUGAAUUUUCUUUUGGAAGGUCAUCCAAGGAUUUUGCGAGUUGCAAUAGGGAAGACGAGCCUACGACGUCGACCCUUGAUGCUACCACCAUGAGCAUGGAAGUGCCUCAAAUGUAAAUAUUGAGAUGUGAAAUAUGGAAACCAUUAAUUAUAAUGUUUUACUCCCUUGUCCCUGAUGUAGGAUUUUGGUUUCGUUUUAUUUAUUUUUCU